AGGAAGUCCGCUCGGUCCGCGGAGAUAGCUCGAUCAGUCUCGCUUACUUCUCGAACAAACCAUCGUCUGCUAGUCGGAUUCACCAACAUACAAAAGGCGUCGCACCGCUACGACAAACACUCACCUUUCACCAUGCCAGAAGACAAGAAAGACGCAUUCUUCCCAGCCAUUGGCGACGUCGCCGACAAGACCGACAAGCGCGAUGAGGAGAAGCAGGAGGACGAGGAGAGGGUGACCGAGGAGAUCGAGUCCCUCUGCAUGAAGUGCGGCGAGCAGGGCAAGACACGAAUGCUGCUCACCUCGAUACCCUUCUUCCGCGAAGUCAUCGUCAUGUCCUUCCACUGUGAUCACUGUGGCUUCUCCAACAACGAGAUUCAAUCCGCAGGAACAAUACGACCCGAGGGCACCGUCUACACCGCGCGCAUCCUCGACCGAUCCGAUCUCGAUCGCCAAAUAGUCCGCUCCGCAUCCUGCGAAAUCAUCAUCCCCGAACUCCAGCUCACCCUCCCCGCCUCCGGCAACGGCCAGCUCACCACCGUCGAAGGCCUCCUCCGCGACAUCGUCGCCGACCUCUCCUUCGAUCAGCCGCUUCGCCGCAUCCAGGACGAGGCGAGCUACAACAAGAUCGAGGAACUGCUCACCAACCUGCGCGCCAUCCUCGGCGACGAGGAGGACGAGUCAGGGGAGGUCGUGGUCGGGAAGGCGAGCGAGGCGGAGAAGCCAAUGCAGCCCUUCACUCUGAAGCUGGACGAUCCGGCAGGCAACUCGUUCAUCGAGUUCAUUGGCGACAUCAGCGACCCGAAAUGGAAUCUGCGCACAUACCCCCGGACCCUCGAGCAGAACGUGCAGCUCGGUCUUGUCUCGCCGGACGAGGCUGCCUCCUUGCAGAGCGAGACAAAGCAGGCACCGGAGGGCGUGACACCACAGGAGAUCUCCGAGGACGAGGUCUUCGUCUUUCCCGGCGUCUGCUCAAGUUGUGGCAAGCGCGUAGAGACGAAGAUGAAGCGCGUCAACAUCCCUUACUUCAAGGAAUGCCUAAUCAUGUCCACCAACUGCGAGCAUUGCGGCUACCGCGACAACGAGGUCAAGUCUGGCUCGGCAAUAUCCGAGAAGGGCAAGCGCAUAACACUGAAGGUCGAGGACAAGGAGGACCUCAGCCGCGACAUCCUGAAGUCCGAAACCGCGGGCCUCCAGAUCCCCGAAAUCGACCUUGUCCUCACGCACGGCACCCUUGGCGGCCGCUUUACCACCAUCGAGGGCAUCCUCGACCAGGUCUACGAGGAGCUCUCCGAGCGCCUCUUCCACGACUCCGGCGACCCCCAGGCGCGCCAGAAGUUCGAGACCUUCCUCAAGAACCUCAAGGCAGUCAAGUCCGCCGAGAAGCCCUUCACCCUCAUCCUCGACGACCCGCUGGCGAACUCGUACCUGCAGAACCUGUACGCGCCGGACCCGGAUCCGAAUAUGGUGAUCGAGAACUAUGAGCGGAGUUGGGAGCAGAAUGAGGAGCUAGGGUUGAAUGAUAUGAAGGUGGAGGGAUAUCAGGAGGAGGAGGGGAAGGCGAAGGAGGAGGGUGAGAAGAAGGAUGAGAAGGAGACCGCGGCCGAGGUGAAGGCCUCUGGAUAGUGCGUUGUUGGGCUGCUAUAGAAUGUAAUAGUAGGAAGGGCGAUGCACGUGUAUACUACUAAACUGUACAUUAGUCGGUAAUGUAUCCUUAGUGUCAUACUCGCA